GUCCUGGUCCACUCCAAAACUAGGUCACUCCUUUAAUCUCUGCACAUAGAGCAUACUGUGGGUUAACAGCCCUUUUAUUUUACAAAGCUCAGGACACAAGCGGAGUGGACAUGGAUCCUGCAGAGACCUUUAAAAAGAUGGGACUCGUGGCUACAGUACCAAAGCAAUCUAACAGGCUGCAAUAACCACCUGCAGGAUAUCAAGUGAGCUGUUAGGUCAGUGUGAUAGGCCAAUAGACACCACUUGGAGCAAUGGAACUUACAUGAAGCACCUUCAAAAUGGAUUACUGUAUAAUAACACACACAUACAGGCUGCAUCAUUUAACUAGAUGAAAUUGAAAUAAAACAAAAAUUUGUAGUAAAAUAAAAUGUAUACUUAGGUAAAAGUAAGUCUAUAUCAGACCGGCCCCUUUGACACAGCUGUGAUACUCAGUGUUCUUUACAAUGCUGCCCUCAAGUGGUGAAAAGAUAGAGGUGGAUAUUGAAUGUGAAAAGAGCAUCAUGUGUUUUUUUAUUGUAUGCUGGGAAUAAAAAGAUGCUGUUAACAUACAGAGCCAUGUUACUGACACAGUUUGUACAAUAUCCAAUUUCUGAAACUAUCGUUCACAGUAAUCCAACCGCCAUGCACCAUCAUGACCCUUCAAAAGUUUGACUUUGGUUAAGGCCUGUAUAGGAAAGAUCUCUUCAACUGUAUAAAAAUCCAAACAGGAUGACUGCAGGCAUAUAAGUUUUAAAAAUCAACACCAAAGUGAUGCAUAAACGCUGCACAUUUUUGGAAUAGUUGGUAUUUUUGUGGAAAGAGGAGCGUGUUGUAACUGCUCUUCUCACUCUAAUGAUAAGGGAGGUAAUGGGGUGAUGAUUGAAAGGGCUGAAGCUUGAACAAUGGUGUAUGUUACUGACCUCGCCUAUUAGGCAAAAGUGCUUUUUUCCCUUUUUUUUCUGGACCGGCCCAAGGUCUUGCUACAAACAAGCGGCUGCUGGAAGAGAGUAGGUGAGUUGUGUUUAGUCUCUUUGCCAAAGAAAUCGGGCAAAGUUAAAAGGAUGUUUGGUGGCUGGGACCCUAUAUGUACUGUUGAUGAAGUUAGGUGCUGUUCUGAGCAUUAUUUGUGGCUAAAGAGUGGCAUUUUGGUUGAGGUUUGUUUAUGGCUCCUCAGACUGCUGUGUAUUGCUAUCGUGCGGUCGUUACUAAAGUUGGUAUAACUAGAGAAGCAAGCGGUCGACAUUCAUCUUUCGAGGGGGUGUCUAACUGGUGUUACGAUGUGUUUGACCGUAAAUUACUUUCAUGCCGGAAUAUCCCUUUAAGUCGUCUAAAAUGUUUAUAAUAGCCAGUAUUUACCCUCAGACUGAAAAUCAAGACAGGCCAUUUGAAAGUUCAGUUUAAUACGUGUUAAAAAAUAAUCAUGAUUUCUUUCUAAUGUCAUGACAAAAUUCAAAAUCAGCAUCUAUGUUUGAGAAAUCUUAACCUGCAGUAACCGCAACUUCUGCUGAGAAAAAGGUGCAGUGUGCAAAAGUGGCGCAGAUCUUUCCUCGAACAGGGGGGUCUUUAUACCAAAUUGCAGGGUCUUUUAGGAUCACGUGACCCCCUCACCAACACAGGAUGUCCCACGCUCAGGAGAGCGGUGACGUGAAGCGUGCCCACAGUCAGCUCGCUUGUGCUGCGGAGGAGUCCAGCACAUGCGGAAAGUUGGCCAAAAAGUUUUCAAGCGGUUAUAUUUGGAGCAUGAACAACUUUUAGCUGACUGUUUCCACCGAACAGACAGAGCAAGGAGGAGAAACACAUGAACCACCGUCCACGAGUGUAAAACCUUGAGUGAAAUCUUGAUUGAACAUUUUCUGGCUUGUUCUCCGUUCGUCUCUCUCUUUCAUGUGGAAGUUCCUGCGCGCUCACCGUGCCUCCGCGCUGCCUCUCAUUCAUCCGGCAGAGGAGAGGAGCCCGCGUCCAAGGAUACAAUGAAGCAGUGUGUGCUUGUCCGAGACAAUGCAGCAAGAUGCAACGAAGGGACCGGACUGUUUCUCUCAAGAUCAGGAACAUUUUGUUCGAUGGCAGAGACGGAACAGCUGAAGGUUUGUUACAUCUACUACACCGAGCAUCUCAACAUCUUCUGUAAUAUGGCAGGAAAUGAGUCAAAGCGUCAAAAAAACAGCGCUGUCGAUCCACCGGCGCACCGUAGAGCUUGUAAACACGCUGCUGCCAUGCGCGUAAAACACCAUUCACGGUGGAAAUGAUAAAGUCUUUCACUAAUACUACUACUAUCAAACGAUACAUUUUAUAAUCUGCGUUAGAAAUCUUUUAAAAAACAGAUUAAUGAUUGUGGUACGAUAACUGCAGUCCACUAUAGCCCAUUCACUACAGUUUACCAGCCCUGAAAUGUCUCAUAAAACAUUUUCUCUUGGUUUUAUUAUGGACAUUUGAAAGCAUCGUUUUCUCCUGUCAUGGCACUGGGGAUUAAUAGUAUGCAGAGGUAUUCAUGAGCCUGUAUUCAUUCUUGUUCAGUAAGGGGGGAUGUUGAAAAUGCUCCUGAAUUGAAAGCCCCCUCCCCCCUAAAUGAAUGUAUUAAGUGGCUGCACACACACACAGAAUGGGGGAGUUUUCUGUUUCCAAAUGGCACAUGACGUCAAGACUAAAAUCAAUCAAUCACAUAGAAAUGACUAAAAGCCCCUACAAUAAUUGUGUUUUCAAUAUUUGCUUUUAACAGUUAAUUGUUUGCUCUAACACCCCUGGAUGAACCGCAAAACCUACAGCGGGAAAUUUAGCUCUCAGCACCUCCAUGAGAUGCAGUUUGAAGGCUUUGAAGGCAGCCAUUAAUGUAAUUUGUAGAGAGAUGAUAAACAGAGUGAUGUGUGUUUCUGCAUGAGCAGAUAGUCAGAUUUGCCAAACGCUCCAGUGACUCUUGAAUAUGUAAAAGUGCUCAGCUCAAGUGCUUUCAGCCUGACAGUUUGACGGCUAUGGCGUAUUAAGCCCAGAUAAUUGGGUGAUAUUUACUUACAGAGCUCACAAUCACUCCACAACUGCAAGGGAACUGUGUCUUUUUUUUCCUCCUUAAUGAUAUGCUCUGUAGAAAUUAUUCACUCUCCUGCCAGCCCAGAGAGCAAAUGUGCGUAUGUGUAGUCUACAUUUCUUCUUUCAGUAACACAAAAAAGAAUCCACUGGCAAUGUGUUGAGGACAAAGAUUAAAUUCAAAGUCAUAGUAGUUUAGCUGUUUAAAGGGAUAUUCCAGCGUAAAAUUGAUUUAGGGUCAAACACACGUAACACUGAGUUAGACACCCCCUCGAGAGAUGAAUGUUGCCGGCCGGUUGCUUCUCUAGUUAUACCAACUUUAGUAAUGACCGCACGAUAGCAAUACACAGCGGUCUGAGGAGUCAUACACAAACCUCAACCAAAAUGCCACUCUCUAGCCACAAAUAAUGCUCAGAACAGCACCUAACUUCAUCAACAGUACAUACAGGGUCCCAGCCAAAGUACUAGCCACCAAACAUCAUAGCAAAGAGAAACACAACUCACCUGCUCUAAUCCAGCAGACGUUUGUUCGUAGCAAGACCAUGGGCCAGUCCAUUACGGACUACAGCGGGGUGACACAGCUCAAGGAAGAACAUUGAUGAUCAUUUCUUUAUCAUUUCCUUGAAGUAAUACUCACCAUAUUAAUCAUUUUGCACUGCAGACAUGGUAGUUCUUCUGUCUGAUUGCAUUUCCAUGAAGAAAUGAUCAUAAAUGUUCUUCCUUGAGCUGCGUCACCCCACUGUAGUCUGUAAUGGACUGGCCUAAGGUCUCGCUACAAACAAACUGCUGCUGGAUGAGAGUAAGUGAGUUGUGUUUAGUCUCUUUGCUAAAGAAAUCAGGCAAAGCUAAAAAUAUGUUUGAUGGCUAGUGCUAUGGCUAGGACCCUAUAUGUACUGUUGUUAAUUUUAUGACGGAAUAUCCCUUUAAGAGUCUUUCUAGUGGAGCAGUUUAACAUCAAUGUGAUCUCUUGUGGCUUCACUAAUGCAGGUUGUUUACACAGUUGAUUGCUUGAAACUUCUAUGAGGAUUUUUUUCAUGUUUAUGAAAUGGACUGAAACUAUGUCGAUGCCUUUUCAUGAGACCUAAAAGCAAACAAGAACAUUAGCAACAAGACUGCAAAAAGUUUAUCCACCUUGAAUCCGUCCUGACAAGCCGUGCUUUUAAAAUUUCUAUAUAAAAUAUCGAUGUAAAAAAGGAAUCCAUUUGACUGCCAAAAAUCACCAGGAUGAGAUUUUUUUGUUCAAAGACACUACUUAGACAUGUAGAGAAUAAGUUAGGCAAGACUGCUUUGUCAGCUUGGCGUGCCAAAACAGUCACAAACUGGAAGUCCUUCCCAGGAAAUAAAACAGUAUCUGAUGUUGUAAAAUCUGGUUUUGACAACUUCAAGCUCUGACUUGCCUAAUCCCAUAAAGGGGCAAUACAACGACCAAAUAUCACAUGACUGUCAACAACUUGAGGCAUGUUAGAGGUAACCGUCACCACUCCUGAAAGUUUCCUCAUAUUGAACAGAAGUGCUGGAGUCAUACACAGUCCUGUCUGUACCUCCCCUGUCACUAUACCAUAUGGUAAUGCUCCACUAUGUUUACCAGCUCCGAGUGCUCUGACUCCCCUUUUUGUCAUUUGUCCUCUCUCCCCUCCACCCUGACCUUAGCUCAUCCCAAAGCAACCUUGAAUUAGCUGUGGUUCUAAGAAAUGGGGCAAACAAGUUUCCAAAACCAGCAGGCUGUACAGACUGCUGAUCUUACAUCAGAUCAGUGCAGACGUGACCCUGUGUUACCUCUCUCUCAGUUAAAAAUGGCAAAAUAAAUAUUGUCUGUCAAAGCUUGUUGGAAGAUAUUUUCUUUCUUUUUUGAUAUUUGUCCUCCACUCAUCUCAUGAUAGUGUAUCUCUUUUAUUUUCUCAUGUUUUAAACCCUUGAAAAUGUCCCUUAUUUUCCAGAGUGGGCUGCAUGUGUGUAUGCAAAUGCAGGAAUUUGACUUGGAAUUUUACCUGCAUGCCCCCUGGUAAAAUUUCCAUACCGAGCGUCAGAUAAGAGUCUGGAAGCUCUAUGGGGAUGGGUGGGCAGGGGUGAUGUUAAGGUCAUGUGAUCAGUGUGGUCUAUUUACAUAUAAUGAAGCUGCUUCAGACUUUUCCCUUUGAUGUCAGACUCUGCCAGCUAUCUCAGAAAUCUCCUAAACUUUACACGCCGGCUUCCACAUAGCAUCUUCUUCAUGCCAUGUCUUGUCUUUGAGACCCCCUCCAACUGCCACAGUGAAAACUUGAGGGGGUGGCUAUCCUAAAACUUUCUAGACAUUUUCAGGAGUGCAUGUGUGCCAAGGGCCCCAUAUCUUACUCUAGUAUAAGACAUUUUUAUUGUAUGGUAUAGUAUAGCAUUUUUAUUGGCGUUAAAAAAGCAGGAAUAACUUGUGUUUGAUGAUGAUGUUUUUCAGCAUGACGCUUUGGCCUCUGCAUGACCGAGCUAUGACCAACAUACAGACAAGACUCUAGACGCCUAAUAGCGAAGCCAGGACUCAAGAAUGAAGACCAAAUAUGCAAUUGUCUUCAUCUGUAUUGUGGCUCUGGUCAUCAUCGAGAAGGAAAGCAACAUCAUCUCAAGGUAAGAGAGUGAAAUACAGACUGUGUGUUGCUUUUAACUAAUCUUUUCUCAUGGGAUGAGUCACACCUUGGAAAACUUCGGCUCAAUGACACUCUAUAAAAGAGCUUUGCAUUUAAUUAUUCAAGUUUGCUGCAUCUCUGAGCUGUCUCUUCAUGCAUUUCCUACAAAGAAUUGGCUGGAGGUGAAUCCAUCAGGUUGAAACUUGGUAGAAGUGAAAUAUGAUUAAAAUGGUAGAUCAUUUUUUUGCAGAGAGAUAGAUAGAUUUGGAGGUUGACUCUGAGUUAAACCUUUCAAUUCAGCCAGGCUUACUUUUAACCCUGGUUUCCACACUUGAAGAUUAGCUAAUUGACUGAUGGCAGACUGUAUCUAAUCCUUAAAACAAAUAAAGAUCUAGGUUGUUUGUUUUCUGGAUAUUGUACCUCAAAAAACCUAAACUCAGUCCAUAUGAACAUUCUAGACUCAAAAUUUAACAAAGCCUCUCUUUCUCAUCAGGGUAUCUGAUAAGCUGAUCCAGAGGCAAACUCCCCAACAAACCCCACAGACCCCAUUGGAUUACAACAACAUAACACAAAAUGGCUCCCUGGCGAUGCUCAAAAUGCUGCUUUCUAAACUCACUGGCACCAGUGGGAAUUACUCGAGUUUCUCCGAGGAGGAGGAAGAUGAGGAAGAUGUUUUAAGCACGUACAGCUACAACGGUGGCCGUAAGCACAUAUUACUCCUGGCCACAACACGAACUGGCUCCUCAUUCGUGGGGGAAUUUUUCAACCAGCAAGGGGAGAACAUGUUCUACCUGUUUGAGCCUUUGUGGCACGUCGAGCGCAUGCUGACCACGGCCACAGAGACGAACAACGGGACAGUGUUGGCAGGAAUCUACCGGGAUGUACUCCAGGCACUCUUUCUGUGUGAUUUCUCUCCUCUGGAGAAGUUCAUCUCCCCUCCACCUCAGGACCACGUCACCCCGGCUCUGUUCCGCAGAGAGUCCAGUAUAUCGCUCUGUGAAGAACCUGUCUGCGGUCCUGUAAUCAAAGAUGUUUUUGAAAGGUAAGGAAAAUUUACUCUUAGUGAUAAAACUUUAAAUCUGAGAAAUGAGUCAAAAUCUAUAUAGAUACAGUGACAAAGAGGGAGGUGCUGGUUCUGGGGUAAUUUUUCACCGCUUUAAGUUCCCAUCUUAGGUUUUUAUUUAGUUCAGUUUCAAGGAUAACAUCCAUAGUUCAUAUAAAAGACAUCCUGUAGCCUCCAGUUUUUAAAAGUUAAGCUUUGCAGGAGCACCUCUAAACUGUAAUUUGUUCAGUCAUCUGUAAACCCAUCACUUUGAAAUGCAGCCUUACUGUUUAUAAGUCUUUCAAAACAAGAAUCUAGCUCUGACUUAGAAGUCAGUAAACAUUUUUAACAAGAUAAAUCUUGCUCCAAGUUUUUCCCUUUACAACCUAAAGUUGGAAAUGCAAGGUAUGUUCAUAUCUUGCAUUAGAUAGACAACAGUGCAAACUUUGCUGUCAGAUUAUUACUACAGCAGCUGUGAAUCAGUCGUAGCAAUGCAUUUUCAUUUCCACUGCAGCUCCACUCUCCUGUCCAAAGUCACGCCUCCCUCAAAAACCCAAGAUGGGGACAACAAAAACAAGUCCACAAACUAGUGUGUAUGUUUAAGCUGACUUCCACAGACUGUAUAAAUCAUGGACAUCAUCUCAGUGAUACCACCCACGUGUUUCUGAAGGGUGGUCUUGAAGCCAAACACUGGCAGUAGGCGUGUUGGAAAUGCUGACUCAACCUCACUUUUGGUCAUACUGGAAACAGACGAAGAGGUGAAGUUGAGGCCGGCUGUAAGUUUCAAGGGAAACAACUACACUGUGCAGUCAGCUUACCUUUGCCCCCCUGAUUAUUGAAAUGUAAAGAUAUAUAAUAAUAACACAUUUUAUUUAUAUAACGCUUUUCAUGGAAAGACGUAAAAACACUUUACAAGAAAGAAAACACAGAGGUAAAUGGGAUGAAAACACUACAAUGAUAAUUCAGUUGCAUCAACAAUUAAAAGCAGAUCUGAACGGGCGAGUUUUGUUGAGGGAUUUGAACUUUGAUAAGUCAGUCCAGUCCUGGAUGUGUUUAGGGAGAGAUUUCCAGAAGGAGGGGGCAGCUACAGAGAAAGCCGGGCCUUCCCAGGUUCAGUGUUUGGUCCUCAGAGCAGGGUUGAGAAGGUUGGAGUCUGAUGAUCGGAGGUUGCGGGAAGGAGUGUAGGGCAGGAGCAGGUCAGUGAGGUAGGAGAAGCGCUAAUUAUGGAGAGCUUUGAAGGUGAGGAGAAGGGCUUUAAACUGAGUGCGUUGGUGAACAGGAAGCCAAUGGAGGUUUUAAAGGAGUGGAGUGAUGUGGUCGCAUGAACAGGUGUGAGUGAGGAGGUGAGCGGCAGAGUUUUGGAUGUAUCGUAAUUUAUUGAUAAUUUUGGAGGGUGAACUAUGUAAGAUACUAUUGUAAGAAACUUUUUAGAGUUUCAGUGGUGAGGAAGGAGAGUGAAGGUCAGAGUCGAGCGAUAUUUUUGAGGUGGAAGAAUGCAGUCCGGGUAAUCUUGUUAACAUGCUGUUGGAAUGUGAGGUUGGUGUCAAAGAUAACUGCAAGGUUACGGAUGCAGGAUGAUGGAGUGAGGGUGGAAUUAUCAAAACUGAGGUAGAGGUUCUGAGCUGAUUUAGUGAAUGAUUUAGGGCCAAUGAUUAAGAUGUCAGAUUUACUGGAGUCCAGUUGAAGGCAAUUGGUUUGCAUCCAUGAUUUUAUUUCAGUGAGGCAGGUGGAGAGUGUAGACCAGGUGGUUGGAGUUAUGGAUUUGUAGGAGAUGUAGAUCUGGAUGUCGUCAGUGUAACAGUGAAAGAUGAGUCCAUGUUUCCAAAUGAUAUUGCUAAGGGGGAGCAUGUAGAGGAUAAAAAAAUGAGGGUGAAAUUUAAGUUGGGAGGCAACGAUACAUUCAAGAAUUUUGGACAGGAAGAGAAGGUUGGAGAUGGGCAGGAAAUUGGAGUCGGACAUGCUGUUGGGCCUGAGGCCAGGCUUUUUGAGGAUGUGGAGUGAUUGACGGAUCUAGAGCUGAGGGAGGAGUUAAUGAUUUAGACUAUAAAUAGUAAGAACUGUUAAGAACUUGAUGUUUAAGGUCACUGCAGUAUUUUCAAACAUUGUGUCAUUAGAGUGGUCUUCGAACCACUGCCUCAGAGUUUGUAAAUUCAACUAACUUUCUCUCAGAAUUCAGGGAGCUUUGAAUUUCAAGCACAUUUUGUUGUUUUAGAAAAACAUCUUGGGUUAAUUGAUGGAAAUGUAGUUGCAGCACUGUAUAAAACCAAAAUUUCAGCCUCUUCAUUCAGUGUAUCUUGCCAGACUAUCUUUCAGAAGUCACAUUUGAUUUUCAUCUUAAAGUUUUUGGCUCUGCUGUUUAAUCUUUCUGCUCAUGAUUUACCACAUCUAACAUAAACUCUUUUACUCUUGUGUCAGGUAUCACUGUAAGACUCGUCGCUGUGGGCCACUGAAUUUAACCCUCGCAUCAGAGUCCUGCCUUUCCAAACAACACCACGCUAUUAAGACUGUCCGCGUGCGCCAGCUGGAAUCGUUGCAGCCUCUGGUAGAGGAUCCUCGCCUGGAUGUGAGAGUGAUCCAGCUUGUCCGAGACCCACGCGCCAUUUUAGCGUCCCGAAUGGUGGCCUUCUCUUCAAAGUACCAGACGUGGAAGACCUGGGCUCAGGACGGCCAGGUACCAGAAGAUGACGAGGAAGUGAAGAGGCUGAAAGGAAACUGUGACCAUAUAAGGAUGUCUGCAGAGGUGGGACUGAGCCGCCCUCGCUGGCUGAGGAGGCGCUACAUGUUGGUGCGUUAUGAGGAUAUUGCCCGCUUCCCCAUGCAGAAGGCAGAGGAGAUGUACAGGUUCACAGGGAUACCAUUUAGUCCCCAAGCAAGGGAGUGGAUUCUGAGGAACACCCAGACCACACAGGAGGCGAGAGGGAUUUACUCCACCCAGAAGAACUCCUCGGAGCAGGCGGAGAAAUGGAGAUUUAGCAUUCCUUUUACACUGGCACAGGUGGUGCAGAGAGUGUGCGGACCGACCAUGAAGCUGUUCGGGUACAGAUUUGUUGACGAUGAAAAGACGCUGACCAACAAGUCCAUCAGUUUGCUCGAGGAGAAGCAUUUUCAUUCAUCAAAAAUGUAGCUGUGAAUCUUCAAAACACUGCAUACUAUCCACAGGAGCCGAGCAAAGCCAUUAUUGCACAGACCAAACUAAGCAAAGUUGCCAUAACAGACACAAAAAGGCCAUACAGAGAUGUUCAUACUCACCAAUGAUGUGCCUCAUUUUAAACUGCAGAGCCACUUGUUAAAGUAUUUAUUUGCAUAUACUGUGUUCACAGAGAAGCCUGGUAUUACAGCUUUAUGCUACGCUCUGAGUUUCAUUGAAAAUGAAAUAAGCAGAGGAAGUCGAGCUUGACUUGUGAGCGAUCAUUAUCUAAUAUUGCAUUCACAGUGGAUCAUGUUUAGAUCCAGGGAUAAAGUAAAGGAAGUGAAAGUAGCGUAUGUUAUUUGUGUGCCUGAACGAGAGGAUGUUUCUGUUCAUUGUGUUUAGCGCUUAUGUCUAAUUUUGCGGCAGGUUUCUGAAUCUGCACCGGACCGGAUCACUUAAGGUUCAUUCAGCCUGUUGUGCUUUUAUUUGGCUUUACACAUGCGACUCAGGUGACGUGAAUGUAGAGUUUCAAUUUGUGCUGUCUUUAUGUGAUGUAUUCAUAUCUUCACAAAUGUCAGAUUUAAUGUAUGUCAGAGUAUAAAACCAUCGAUAUCGUAAUGUAAACCUGCUUCACCAAAUGGCAGUUGUCUCAUACAACAAUUCAUAAGAUGCAACAGUAGCCUAAAUAGAAGAGGCCAAUUGAGAUAGAUAUAAGAAUACUCAAGGGUUAAGUAAAAUUUAAAAAAAUAGAUUUAUUUAUUCUUAAAUCUUUAUAUGACUUAAACAUGCAGAUGCUUUUUAUUGUUUUGGAAAACAUUAGCCAUGGCUGUAGUAUUUCUGUGUCUCUGCCUGCUGCUGCUGCUGCGGGUUGUAAGUCAGAGCUGAUCUCCUGAGACAUGGACACGCAGACAAAACUCUGUCCAGAACUUGUGAAUGACUUCCCAGUUAAACUCCUUGAAAUAUUAAGGCCCAGUAACUUCAAACUUCCCCCAAACAAAAAGUUCCAGUUUGUGUAUAUUUAUGGUAAUGUCACAACUUAAUAUAUAAGAUGUAUGUAGUUUGCUACUGUAUUAAUGUGCCCUAUCACUUUAAGUGAAACCCAGGUGCUGUUGCAUUGACUGUCACUCAUCAUGGUAUAUAAAGGUAUCCACUGUGACUCGAGUUCAAUGGCGGCAUUGUGUCCAGCUUGGCUGAGGCGCAGCUGAAACUGCCACGCUGCUCAUGGAAAAGGAUAUGCGUUAAAGGUACAUAUAGUGGUGGGCUUGUUCUAACUCAGUGUUUGAAACAUAAAUAUGAAUACAUUACAGAUAGCUGGCCUCAAGCUGCCAAAGGACCACUGAGGUAUUUAAGCAAAAAAAAAGGGAAGACUGUGAAAUACCAGGUGCAGCUGAACGAAUGGAAGUUCUUACUUUUUGGCUAUUUCCUUCUUCAGACACCGCCUGUGCCAUAAUCAUUUUGGAGCAAUACACUUUUAUGUUUUAUCCAUCAUUAAGAUUGAUAACUGAAUGUUAAAAUUUGACGCUUCAACCUCUAUCAAGAACACAAGCUGUGAAUAAAAUUUGUAUUGAUAAAGUCACGAGAUGAAUUGUUAGUUUUAGGUCAACAAGUCCCAGUCCCUCAUAGAAAGUCAAAGUUUAGUCAAGUUCUUUUAAAAAUAAGUUAUUUGGAAGUUUCUCUCAUGAGUAAAUGUUAAAAUGUCACGGCAUUUAGAUAUCUGUGUUUCAAAGUUCUGUUAACAGUGACUUAAUUGUUGCAGAGAACAAGUCCUUUACAAAUACAUAGUUCUAAUAAAUAAAAACAGGAUGUAUGCCACAGCAGGGCUUAGUUUUUUCUGGUGAAAAAAAGAUAUAUUCGCCCAAAAGUCAUGGGGCACUUCUCCUGUAUCUGCAGUUUUCUUUAAUUUAUCUGUCAAUUCUCACAGUCUAUCAAUUCUGCUGCAGUUAAAAAGUCUCAAAAAUGAUCUGCAUUCAGUUGCAAUGUAAAUAACUGAGUGUUCAUAUCAUAAAGCAAAGAGACGAACAGUGCAGUAAUUUUUUAAGGCUGUAGUAGCAGUUGGAGAACUUCUUGGAUGCUUUAUAUUUUGCAUUAUCCCAUUCAAACUGAGAUUAAUUCAAGCUGACCUCAGCUGGUCACUGUGAAACAGCACAUUUUUAAGGUUUUUAAGUCUCUAGGGGCUCUAUGUUUUCAGAGGAAAAUCACUCUGAAGGAUUUAUUCUGUCAGGGAACGUGCAGCCAGUAAUUUGUUUUAUGUUCAGUAUCUUUCUGUCAGAGUUUAUCCAAAAACUGUCUUAUUCCUGUCACACUCCUAUUUCAUUUGCAUAGAAAAACCAAGAACCAAAGCACAGAUUAUACUCAAGAAAGAGAAAUGUAUCACAUGGAUGUAAAAAGCAGAGUUUCUUCCAUUGAAAUGUUUAUUAAAAUACGCUUCUCUGGUCAAAUGGUAA